GUAGCGGGCGCACGCGGGGCGGGUCAUGGCAGCCCUUCGAGGAAGUCCUGGGGUGAUUUUGUUGGCCUUGUGUUGUCCCGGCAUUGUUUGCUAUAUCUUCACGGGCCGGCAGCCCCUUCCAAGCGCAGUGACGGAGCGCAUGGGGGGAGCAGCGGGUCCCCGCGGCUUCCACGGCGGAGUGGUGACGCGUGGGGCGGUAAUGGAACCUCCCACGCGAGAGGCCCCGCCUAGCACAAGCCCUGACCAAAAGGAGAAGACCUCGUCUUGGGCCGAAUGUCUCAUUGAGGAGUGUAGCAAGGAGGGCUGUCGCCGCAUGGAGAAUUGGGUCUUCCGCAAGGAGCAUGCUGAUGAUUACCAGGCCUUCCUGAACAUUCGCAACGUGAAGCCCCAAGGAUUUCUUCCCUAUCACGGUAGCAAUGACUUCAAUACCACGGUGAUGUGCCGAGAGCGAAUGGUGGACGUCUCGCUGUCUUGUGCUGAGUGCGUCCGCCUGAUCAUUGGGGGCCCCUACGGAGCACGAGGGGUGGCAGUGGGGGCAUACCCGCCAGAGCAGUCCGUGAUACCAUGUCUGGAGCUGUCGAAAUUUCUACCAAGGACCAAGCCCAAGUCACAUGAGCGUUGGGAUGGAAAUCAGGAAAUACCACGACAGACGGCAUUUUGCAAUGUCUUGAAUGUUGGCAUGAGGUGAUGGCUAACAGCCACGUCUCGCCCGAAUGUGUCAGUUUAUGUUGGCCCAGAAUUUGUAAACCCUCAUUGG